CUUGCAUGCUUUCUUCACGUUAGGAGCCGAGUAGAGGUGCGUUUCCACAGGCACCUAUCAAACCAAGCAUACAGCACAUGGACAGCACCCGAACGAGGGCCCGGUCUCCGCACCAGGUCGACCCACCCGUCAACUUCAAAACCGCAGCUUUGACUGUCAUGAUGUCCCGGUAUCUGCAGAAAGUCCACGACAGCACAGCAUCUUCAGCGGAAAACAAGUCCUCGCCGGGUGAUCUGGAACCGAAGUCCAACUUUCAUGUUCAAGAAGACAGCAUGGAGGACAACACGUGUGAGAAGUGCGAGGAAAGGGAGGGCGACAUCAUCUGCUCCUGUGGUGCAAGAUUCUGCGAUCCCUGCUUUACUAAGAGCCAUCUGAAGCGCAAUCCUACGCACCAAAGGAAAGAUCGUGAUGCCGAAACCGCCUGGAAUUGGAUCAAGGGCAAAUCCCCCGGACAGGGAGCUGACAGCCAACACUUCAUCGCCGACGAAGACGCCAAGUGGUUUGGCCUGUCUGCUGAGAAGACGUCGAGAGGCAACCAUGCUCCUACAAUCUUUGAGACUGCGAGGUUGCGUGACUUGAUCGAGAGUUCUUUGGGUCAGCCGGGCAGUCCUAGACGCCAGUUUCCAAGUAUUGUCUCCUUUGUGGGUGAAACUGGAGCCGGAAAGUCAACACUUGUACGUUCCCUCAUCUAUCACUCCAAAAAGCCGAAGGAUAACGGUGCCGCGGUACAGGCACCAGUUCCCGGAGCAGAUAGUGGGACUUCAGCCAUCUUUUCGACCACUGGAGAAGUCAAUCUUUAUCUUGAUCCAGUCUCAUUUGGGUCCGAGUCACCUGCAUUUUAUGCAGAUUGUGAGGGGUUGAUGGGUACGGAGCCGGUGUCUGCACUGCACCAAAAAGAAUGGACGAAGCACGCAAAACCAUACAAGCUUGCAACGAUGGAUGAUGGCAGGUAUAUGGACCGUAGGACAGCCGUUCAGACACUGUAUCCUCGUUUUCUUUACAUCUUCAGCGAUGUGGUCUGCUACGUCACGAGAAACCCCAAGGCCUGGGCAGACUCAGCACUGCGCCUACUAGAAUGGUCCAUGGCUGGGGCUGAAAGCACCAUCAAUCAGCAUGCGCUUCCUGCUUUGAUCAUCGUCCUGAAUGGACCAACAAUUGAAGACGAGGAGUGGAUCCAUGGAAGUCCUGAGGCUGUGACCGAUGCCUUUUUCAAAACCAUCGAAGAGGAGAUUAGCGCAAACGAAAAGAUCAAGAACUUUGCCAACUUCCACGGCACCAAAAAUAUGAAGGAUCUUUUCCGCCGGAGCUAUUCGACAGUCUACGUGCAUUACGUUCCGCUCCAAGGAUAUCUUACCCUGGGUUCCACCUCGAACGUGGUCAAGCAGACAAUGAAGCUCGGCCACCGUAUCCGUGCCGAUGCGUUGCGCGUACAAUUAGCUAGGGCUGAUUCUUGGGCUCGGUUUGAUACAAGACAACUCUCGGUCAUAGUCGAAUUCGCUUUCCGUCACCUAACUUCCAACAAACACAACGAGCCAUUCGAUUUCAGAAAGUGUCGGAGACGAAUCACUGUGCCUACUUCAGCAGAGGAACACUUCUCGGAAAUCCUGGGCCGUUGCCUUGAGGGCAUGACAACUAGUGCUUUUGUGACGACGGCGCAGACAUUGGGGUCGAGUUUGCUACGACACGCACUUCACGAGGAUACCAGCGAUUCGGCAGCACCUCUCGUCCCAGAUGGGGUCUUCAACAGUGAUAUCCGCGCUCUUUGUGAAAGAGCAGUAUCUCAGUACCUGGAUGCGAACAGUCAAUGUGCCUUUGCCGACUUUUGCGGGAGACGAUGUGUCAAUACGAAGAUGGGCCAUGCUCAGGGGCACCAGGACAUCACCGGCAGAUUGCUUCAACCUGGCCUGUUUGUCACUGAUGCCAAAUUCAACGCUGAAGCCUUUCUGGGCGCUGUGGAGACGGCCAUCAAUGACCUCAUGUCAAGAAUAAAUGCGAAAUCUCCCCCUGGACGACAAGCAUGGCGAUAUCUUGCUGCCGCGGCACACCGGAAAAAUCUUGAAGACCUUCGAAACCUAGGUGCCUUCCCUCACAGUGAGACGGGGCCAGUACCUCAAGAUGACUUCAUGUCCGAGUUCAGCGUCUGCUAUGGGUGUUUCUUUGGGCGACCCGAGUAUCGACUUCCCUGCAAUCAUGUCAUCUGCGAGAAAUGCGUAGAGGAUUUCGACGACACACCAAGAGAUGCUCGCUAUCCAGGAUUGUCCACUCACAAUGGCUGUGUUGUCUGUGGUGCAAAGGAUGAGGGAUGGCCUUACAAAGCUCACACUAAACCCAAUCUUGCUGGGGUACGGGCCUUAUCGCUCGAUGGUGGUGGCGUCCGGGCUAUUGUCGAGCUCAGCAUACUUUAUCGUCUUGAGAGGCUCGUGGGACUUGAUAUACCACUGGGCCGCCUGUUCGAUUUUAUGGUUGGCACCAGUGCUGGUGGCAUCAUAGCCAUUGGUCUCGGUGUGCAAGGCAGAAUGGUCCAUGACUGCUUAAAAAGCUUUCGCAUUUUCACUUCUGAAGGAUUCAAGUCCAAGACAUUUACUACCAACAGGGGGGUUGGAAUGGUGGCCAGGAUGUUCCGAAGCUCCAUGUACCAUACUCAGAAUCUUGUACAGGCGCUUGAGAACGCACUGGGACCGAGCGCGACGGAACCUUUCUUCGGAUUACGCCACUCAUGCCGAGUUGCUGUCACCACGGUUGUGAACAAAGAGCUCAGGCUUAUUGCCAACUACAACAGUGGAGGCAAAGAUACAUAUCUUGACUCCAAACUACCCCUUUGGCUUGCUGCUCGCUGUACAUCCGCGGCACCGAUGUAUUUCAGAUCGGCCGACCACAACGGUCAGGAAUGCUGGGACGGUGGACUGAGGGCAAAUAACCCGCUCUGCCAUGCCCAGGCAGAGCCCCAGUCUAUCUGGGGGACAGCAGUUGGGUUUGACCUUUUGCUCUCUGUUGGCUCCGGUUGUGCAGACACGUCACAAAAACAUCACACCACCCAGACGAAACACCCCUGGCUCCGAGAGCUUCUCCAGACUCUGUUGAGCACCAUGGACGCCGAGAAUGUCUGGAAAGACUUUCGUACUGAACCGAGAAUCAAAAACAGAGCUGAGAGACUGAAUGUGGAGUUCGAGGGCUCGGUUGCACCAGCCCUUGACGACAAGAACAGUGUUCCCAGCAUGGAAGAGGAAGCUUGGAACUUCCCCUUUCAUAACGGCCCCAAAGGUGAAGCAAACACAUACGACUUUGCUCCUCUUUCGGGAAAUAUUCCGGUGGACAAACUUGCUUGCAUCGCCGUCCGGCUCCGAGCAAGCAUGUUUUUCUUUGAGAUGGAGAGAAUCGAAAUGAAGAAUGGCUUGGCACACUUCUACGGUUGGAUCUGCUGCAGGAUUGGGCCCGACGAGAUUGGGUUUGGUCAGCUGAUGAAAAUGACGAAGGGGUUCGACGUUGCCGGGCGAAAGAUCAAGUGUGAACCCGCCACCGCCGCCACCGCCACCGCCCCUCUCAAGCUAGUCGUGUAUUUUCAUGAAUCAGAGAGGGACAACGACGACAUUGUGAGGAUUGACGUUGAUUUUGGCGAGAAAUAUGUCGCGACAAUCAGUGGCUUUCCAAUGACAGUCAAGUCGCUUCUUGACCAUGGCAAGGCAUAUAUCGACCCGUAUCCAACGCUCUCGAUGGAUGAAUGUCAAAAGUCUGCCGAGAAGAAUUUGGAGAAGGAUCUGGGACCAAGCUUGGAGUCUCCGACGGCAAUCACGCCUCCACCUCCUUAUCAGGCUAGCCUUGAACCUGUUAAUAUUGUUGUCGGGGCUCAAGAACUGGAAUAGUUAGGGGGGGUUACUGGUAGAAGGGAGAAUAUCCAGGGGGGUACUGAACCAUGGAGACCAAGCUUGUGUAUCAGCAGAAGCCAGGU